AUGCAGUUAAAUUGCAUCAACCACAAAAAACGAUUAGUGAUAAAACAUUAUAAUGAGAAAAAGUUGUGGAUGCCAAUGAUAGCCUUCAGCGCCAGUUUUGAAGGUCUUUGUAAGCUUAAAACAUGUAUCAAGCAAAAAAAUGGAAGGCUGCCAUUUAAAUGGAGUAUUAAAUUCAAACCUCGCGACGUCGUAGGUCUUGAAGCAGUUCAUGCAAAAAGCACUGAUGGCAUCUGCCUGAAAGGCAGCGUUUUAAAAUGCCGAAUUGCAGAGAAGUUUCCCAAGUACAAUGCUCAACAUGCAAACUCUUCCAAACAGAAUCUAGUGUCUGUGACUGGUUUGAUUGUUCAAGUUUUCUUCCAUGCUUCAGGGAAGUUUGUUGGAAGAGAAGAUGAAAAGUUUUGGAGGGUAGGGGGUGAGGUGGGUGGACACAGCACUUAA